GCUACUUCCUGGAUGGAGGAAUGGAAAGCUUCCAGCACCGCUCCAACUAUUAUCUCUCUGUUUUCGCUUGAACUGCUGCAGCCUCGCGCUGCACGGACGUCUACCAUCAAAAUAUACGCUAUUUCCACCUUCUUCGACAAAUGAACUGAAUCGGAAUAGUACUACAUUCCUCCCGUCAUGAGUAUUUCGGGGAGUACUGAGCUGUUUGAGAGAUUUUGAGACAGAAAAAAACUGUUUCCUGGCCGUUCGUACUUCGACAGAUUUCUCUAAGCAGAAUCCACUCGUUUUAGAAGUAAGAAGUUUGUCUGUCUGGGCGCCACAUUUGCGCUGAAGGUUUUUUGGUGAAUAUCAUCGUCAGGACAAGUUUUUGUUUAUUUUACAGACUAUUCAGUCAACAGUUGCCUUAUUUAUUGGUUGCUCUCCAUGUGCAGAGUGACAUGCGGAGGCUACUGCAAUCGUGUUGUUGCUGGAUCUUGUCUCUGAUUUUGUCAGCCUUCGUGUUCUGCUGGGCCGUCUGUCAUCCCGCCUUGGCAGCAGAUCAGCUGGGGUCUUCGCCGGGAGGGCAGGAUGCCUCUGUGCCCGCGUCCAGACUCAGGAGGGCGGCCGAGGAGCCCUACUGGGCCUACUCAGGGACUCAUGGGCCAGACGGGGGCUGGACAUCAGCCUAUCCGGAAUGUAAGGAGAAGAACCAGUCGCCAAUCAACAUUGUCGAUACCGACACAAAGAUCUCCGUGGAAUACCAAGAGCUAACCCUGGACGGGUUCGAGACAGAAUCCUCGAACAAGACCUCAAUGAAAAACACAGGAAAGACUGUGGCAGUUCUGUUGAAGGAUGAGUACUACGUGCGGGGCGCAGGCCUUCCCGGCCGCUUCAAAGCGGAGAAGGUGGAGUUCCACUGGGGCCAGAGCAACGCCUCAGAGGGCUCGGAGCACAGUAUCAACGGACACCGCUUCCCCGUGGAGAUGCAGAUCUACAUGUAUAACUCAGAUGAUUUCGACAGCCUUAACACAGCCAUUCGUGAGAAGCGGGUAAUAGCUGCCAUGGCAGUGUUCUUCCAGGUGGGUAUGAAGGACAAUCCAGCUGUGGAUCCCAUCAUCCAUGGCCUCCGAGGAGUGGUCCAUCACGAGAAAGAGACAUUUCUGGAGCCCUUCAUUUUGAGAGACCUGCUGCCUUCGCAGUUGGGCAGCUACUACCGCUACAUCGGGUCCCUCACCACCCCACCCUGCAGCAAGGUGGUGGAGUGGAUCAUCUUCAGCCGACCGGUGUUCGUGUCCUAUAAGCAGCUCGAGGCCUUCUACUCCAUCUUCACCACGGAGCAGCAGGACCAUGUCAAGUCGGUUGAGUACCUGCGGAACAACUUCCGCCCGCUCCAGAGCCUGGACAACCGGGAGGUCUACAAGUCGGCCAUCAAGGACGCUUGGCUGCCUGACCAGACAGACUAUGGGAGUUCCUAUGAGACAGAGUCCUCCAAAGUGUGCAGCAGUGCGCCCACCAACAUGCGGGUCCAGCCGCUGAACCGCACGGCCCUGGUGGUGAAGUGGACGCGGCCGGACAAUAGCUACCAUCCGCCCAUCACCAGCUACCUCAUCUCCUACAGCUGGACCAAGCACGACGAGUCGUACGAAGAGACCUACAUCAAAGACAUCAAAAGCGGCGACCAGAAGCUGGAGCCUCCCACGGCCGCGCCGGACUCCACCGCCAAGGAGAAAGGAGCGAGGGGAGGGGGCAGAGAAAACGGCACGGCUCCCCCUGGUGGCGCGGAGGACUGGGCGGAGACGCAGAGCCGGGCCCCCACGGACGAAGACGUUGCCACGCCGACCAGCGAGCCCAGGAACGACACACACAUGGAGGGUCUGCCGCGUCCCGAACUGCCCUCUCCAAAUGGCAGGCCUACAGUGGACGGGAAGACCUGGCCAUUCGCCAUCCACCCAGAGAAGACCAGCGUGUCGAGCGUGCCCGCGGUGCCUGGGUCGGGGAGGAUGGAGUGGAUUAUCCCCUUAGUGGUGGUGUCGGCGCUGACCGCCAUGUGCCUGGUUCUGCUGCUGGCCGUGCUCGUCUACUGGAGGAUGACCAGCCUGUGCUCACUGCUCUGCAUCAAGUACAGGAGGUGUUUCCAGACGGCUCAUUUCUAUGUGGAAGACAGCAGUUCCCCACGGGUGGUUCCUAAUGAGAGCAUUCCCGUCAUCCCCAUCCCAGAUGACAUGGAGGCCAUAUCCGUCAAGCAGUUCCUGAAGCACAUCUCUGAGCUGUACGCCAACAACCAGCAUGGCUUCUCCGAGGACUUUGAGGAGGUACAGCGGUGCACGGCAGACAUGAAAAUCACGUCGGAACACUCAAAUCACCCCGACAACAAGCACAAGAACAGAUACAUCAACAUCGUAGCCUAUGACCACAGUCGUGUGAAGUUACGGCCCUUGGCAGGGAAGGACUCCAAACACAGUGACUACAUCAACGCCAACUAUGUUGAUGGAUACAACAAGCCCAAGGCCUACAUCGCGGCCCAGGGGCCUCUGAAGUCGACGUUCGAGGACUUCUGGAGGAUGGUGUGGGAACAGAACACCAGCAUCAUCGUCAUGAUCACCAACCUAGUGGAGAAAGGAAGAAGAAAAUGUGACCAGUACUGGCCAACAGAGAACAGCGAGGAGUAUGGGAACAUCGUAGUGACUCUGAAGAGCACUAAGGUGUAUGCCUGCUAUACACUGAGACGGUUCACAGUGCGAAACACGAAAGUUAAAAAGGGUCAGAAAGGCAACCCCAAGGGUCGGCAGAGCGAGCGGACGAUCGUCCAGUACCACUACACCCAGUGGCCGGACAUGGGUGUGCCCGAGUACACGCUGCCCGUCCUCACCUUCGUGCGCAAGUCCUCGGCCGCCCAGACGCCCGACAUGGGCCCCAUGCUGGUGCACUGCAGUGCUGGUGUUGGCCGCACAGGCACGUACAUAGUCAUCGACAGCAUGCUGCAGCAGAUCAAGGACAAAGGCACGGUCAACGUCCUGGGCUUCCUCAAACACAUCCGCACCCAGCGCAACUAUCUGGUCCAGACAGAGGAGCAGUACAUUUUCAUUCACGAUGCCUUGAGGGAGGCCAUCCUGGACAAGGAGACCGAGGUGCUGGGCUCACAGCUCCACAGCUACGUCAACAGCAUCCUCACGCCCGGGCCAGGGGGCAAGACGCGCCUGGAGAAGCAGUUCAAGUUGGUGACCCAGUGCAACGCGCGCUUCGUGGAAUGCUUCAGCGCACAGAAGGAGUGUAACAAGGAGAAGAACCGCAACUCCUCCGUGGUCCCCUCGGAGAGAGCGCGAGUGGGUCUGGCUCCGUUGCCUGGGAUGAAAGGGACCGAUUACAUCAACGCCUCUUACAUAAUGGGAUACUACAGGAGCAACGAGUUCAUCAUUACACAGCAUCCCUUGCCUCACACAACUAAAGACUUCUGGAGGAUGAUCUGGGAUCACAACGCACAAAUCAUCGUCAUGCUGCCCGACAACCAAGGACUGGCGGAGGAUGAGUUUGUGUACUGGCCCAGCAGAGAGGAAGCCAUGAACUGUGAGGCCUUCACGGUCACACUCAUCAGCAAAGACAGACUUUGCCUUUCCAACGAGGAGCAGAUCAUCAUCCACGACUUCAUCCUGGAAGCCACACAGGACGACUAUGUUCUGGAGGUGCGUCACUUUCAGUGUCCCAAGUGGCCCAACCCAGAUGCCCCAAUCAGCAGCACCUUCGAGCUCAUCAACGUCAUCAAGGAGGAGGCCAUGACUAGGGAUGGACCCACCAUUGUUCAUGAUGAGUUUGGCGCGGUGUCGGCGGGGAUGCUGUGUGCCCUCACCACCCUCUCGCAGCAGCUGGAGAACGAGAACGCCGUCGGCGUCUAUCAGGUCGCCAAAAUGAUCAACCUCAUGAGGCCUGGUGUCUUCACAGAUAUCGACCAGUACCAGUACCUUUACAAAGCUAUGCUCAGUCUGGUGAGCACCAAGGAGAAUGGAGCUGGCCCCUUGGCCAUGGACAGAAACAGAGCCAUGGCCCUGACGGACGAGUCGGACCCGGCCGAGAGCAUGGAGUCUCUCGUCUGAGGGGCGGAGGAGCCGCGAAGAGGCACUUACUUUGUAAAACUUCAAGGACUAGAGACAGACUUUUUCGAGGCCUUUUUUGCCAGACUCUUGGUUAAAUAAAUAACCUGAUUACUUUUUUACACUGAUAAAAAGUUUUUGAUAUUUAUUUUUUGCCAUUUUAUGUCUUAAUGUUAUCCUACUGAACAUUUUGCACCUAUGUUUUCGAGUUCACAAUGACAAAACCACACUUCUGUCUAGUUUGCACUAUGUAAUAUCAGUGUUACUGCCUAUAACCAAUCAGAUCUACCAUGUUGAUUUCCAAUGCCCAGAUUUUAACAUUCCAUCACAAAAGCUCACCCACUCAACUUCCCGGACCGUUUCGAAAGCGAUUCCCAUAUGCACAUUUCCAGCUCCCGCCAGAUGGAAAGAUCAAAGAUUAAGCUUGGCGUUCACCUGCAUGGCAUUGCAAGGCCCACAGCGAUGGCGAAAAAAUCUUCUCUCAAAAUUGACUUCUUUCGGUUUCUGUGGCACUGACAAGCAAUAUGGGAAUUUGUCUUUUUAUUUUAUUUUAAAGCAUCCCAAUGCCGUCAUUUGCUCCUUGCUGCAUUAUAUUGGAAAGGAAAAACACAUACGUUAAUUUUCUAAGGUGGUAUUAAAACAGCUACUGUGAACUUAUUACUUUUGUAUGAAUCAUAUUAUGCUUUUAAUAUAUAUGGAUAUAUUGUAAUCAUUAUAUCUUGUGGUUUUGUAAAUGUUGGCUGUCACGAUCGCCCCUUCACUAGAUCCUGCUAGACUUGGUCUGAUGUUCACCACACCUCUCUGGCCGUGCUGAUUUCACACCCAUCUAACUUGCUCCCUCUGCUGGCCGUGCUGAUUUCACACCCAUCUAACUUGCUCCCUCUGCUGGCCGUGCUGAUUUCACACCCAUCUAACUUGCUCCCUCCGCUGGUUCCACUUCUCUGUUGCUUCAUGCUGCAAGCUGCUAUAUGGGGUAAAACAAGACAAGUAACAAUAUAUUGUGUCCGAGUUGAGCUGAAUUACAAAGUGACUGUGUCCUGUAAAGCAUAACUUAUACUCUGAGAAUUUUGAUCUUUGUGAUAUGCCCCAUUGUAUUUUUUUAAGCUCUUCAUUUAUGACUAACAAAAGAUUACAAGGAUGCCAUCAUAGACCUUUUUGUCAUAGUGAGAGCUCCUGAAGUCGCCAUGCAGCCUCUCAAUGCCUUUCUCUAUACUGACACCCCCCCGCAUUGCUUGACUGUGCUGGUGUGUGAAACUAUUCAAUGUUGUGUAUGGUGUAGUUUGAUUUUGCCAAAUACACUGAAGUCCCGCAUGGGGGGGAAAUUUCAUCACAUAUUGAAUUUUGAAAUUCUGAAUGUGGUUUACACAUUUUUGCCAGGCCCCAGUUAAGGUUAAUAUCCAAACCCUACCAUCAGUUUGGCCCCAAGGAAAUAGAUAUGGGCUGUUUUUUAUUCACCCGACAACUUGCUCUAACAAUAAUUACAUUUCUGCACAAAUUCAUUGACAGCUUGAAAUUAAAGGUAUCUUGAGCUGUCUCGCCACACAAAGCAGGGGGAUACUGACUUAUGAAGUUUUACCAAAGACUUAAGCUCAUUAUUUAGCAUUUUACAGUGUCUUCAUAGGAGUACAUGGUGUUGAAAUUCCUCCUCAGAGGUGAUGACAAAAUGGCUGAUUGUUGUUUUUUUUUGUUCUUUAUUUACGAGCUCAGUGACUGGAUUAGAUUUAAUGCCAUUUGGGAUCUGUGCUUGUGCAUCAAAGUUGAACAUUCAUAAUAAUCUUCUCAUUUAAACUUAAUCUGAGGUAAAUGCUAGAGGAAAACAUGUAACUUUUUGUAGGUUGAUUGAAGUUAUGAAUUCAUCUCUCCGUGGAAUGAAGAAACAAGGCAUUCAAUGUGUACCAUUGUUAUGAACUUUAUCACUAUGUUAUUAAUGUUGUUUGGAUGUCCUUUGUCUCCUUGCCGGGAGGCUGUUGAAUUACGUCACAACUCUCCAACAUUUGGGGUUAACGACAUAUUCAUUCCUUUAUCACAAAAACAGACUUCUGUGGGAAGCACUACAUGUUCUUUUUGGUUUGUUUUCUUUCAUGUUGUCCUGUGCAGUUCAUGUUGUUUUGUUUGGGAGCUUUGCUCUUAUCCAGCGCGCUUAAUCAAUAUCAACAUUAGUAUAACCACAGCUUUCUGUGUGUACAGUUUAUUGCUUCUAUAACCAACCAUCUCUUUAAACAACUUUGUAUCUAUGGUAUAUAAUCAUAGAAUUUUAUAUUUUCAUAUAAAUCUAUUUUGUUUUCUAGGUCCAAGUCCCCCUUUUUCUUUCUUCUGGUGAACAUGUGGAAACCAAGUCUGUCUCCAUGCAUUGUGCUAUCUCCAUCACAUUCCAGAACAAGGCAAUGCCUCACAUUAACCAAGGCAGUGAUUGUGAUAUUCUUUUUUGCCCAUUUUUGUUUGAUUUUUUCUUUACAAUUUUACACUUCUGCUGCACAGUUCUGUGCAAUAGAACAGCUGUUGUAAAUCACUGAAUAAGUUUGUCCCAUUCACCGACCUAAGAGGGGGCGGCUGUCGCCUCCUCUUUCGUAAUCUGAAAUAACACAAAACAAAGAAAAACUUUUUUUGUUUUGGUUUCUUUUUUGUUCUCUUUUUUUUCGUUGAAAGCUAUAUCAAAGCAUUCUAUUAUAGUGUUAUUUAAUAUGUAAAUUGUAUUGCUAUACAUAAAAUAAAAUAUGGGUUUUGAUGUA